CGCGUGCCCAGUGCGGCUGCCUUCGCGGCCAGCCUCUGGUUUCUUCAGUGACUGGGCUUUUAUUUUUUUUUUGUUGCAGCAGGAGUCUCUCAUGGCUUCCCUUCUGUCCCUCAGCUCUGCCUCUAGAGAUGGUGAAUUCUCUAGGAAGGCCCUACAGGAAGGAGGAAGGCAAUGGCUGUUGGAACUCUGCCAUUGGGAGCUCAGGAAUCACUGAUAUACAAAGAUGUGUCUGUGGACUUCACUUGGGAGGAGUGAUGCAGCUAUGUUCUGCACAGAGGAACCUGUAUGGCAGGGUGAUGCGGGAGAACUGGAGCACCCUGGUCUCCCUGGGUGAGCAACCCCACCUUCAGCCUUCUGCCUAUGGAAUUCACAGGGCAUCAACCAUCCAAACCAAAUGUGAUCUCUGACCUGGAACAAGAACUGACUCUGAGAAAAGGAGAAUUCCCAGGUUGCAUCUCUCUGGGCCUGCCAUGUUGUCUUUGAGCAUCCUGUCUUCCUCGGAGGAUCUCCUAGGCCGGUUUGUAAAACGUUGUAGGCCGGGAGUCAAGACUUGAAACCAGACAACUCCAAAGUCCACCAUUACUGAAAAUUUGCCCUAUGGGGUCAUAAUGGACAGGGAAGAUCUCUGGCAUUCAGCUUUAGGGGCUGUCUGGGAUUCUACCUGUUGGUUAGAAGAGCAACAGGAAAGAUAUCUGGGCCAAGUGACAGUGACCCAAAAGGAAAUAUUUAAUGAGAAGAGGGUGUGUGGAGGUAAUAAAACUGAAAACGGUUCCAUUGAGCAUUCAAUGCUUAGUAUACCACAAAGCAUUCCUGUGACAAUAAGACUUUGUAACUGGAAUUCAUAUGGAAAAGGUUCUAACCAAAAUCCCAAGUUAAUGAAAUCUUCAAGAAUGUUUGUAAGAAAGAAAAUAUAUGAAUGUGAUGAGUGUGGGAAAAGCUUCAGUCAGAGUUCAUCGCUGCUUAAGCACCAGAGGAUUCACACUGGGGAGAAACCUUACAAAUGUAAUGUAUGUGACAAGCAUUUCAUCGAACGCUCCUCCCUUACUGUACAUCAAAGGACUCAUACGGGAGAAAAACCCUACAAAUGUAAUGAGUGUGGGAAAGCCUUUAGUCAGAGUAUGAACCUUACUGUUCAUCAAAGAACUCAUACUGGAGAGAAACCUUAUCAAUGCAAAGAGUGUGGGAAGGCCUUCCGUAAGAACUCAUCCCUCAUUCAGCAUGAAAGGAUUCAUACUGGAGAGAAGCCCUACAAAUGUAACGACUGUGGGAAAGCCUUUACACAAAGCAUGAAUCUUACAGUGCACCAGAGAACUCAUACUGGAGAAAAGCCCUAUGAAUGUAACCAAUGUGGAAAGGCCUUCAGUCAAAGCAUGCAUCUUAUUGUCCAUCAGAGAAGUCAUACUGGAGAAAAACCCUAUGAAUGCAGUGAAUGUGGAAAAGCCUUCAGUAAAAGCUCAACUCUCACGCUACAUCAGCGAAAUCACACUGGAGAAAAACCCUACAAAUGUAACAAGUGUGGUAAAUCCUUUAGUCAAAGUACGUACCUUAUAGAACAUCAGAGACUUCAUUCUGGAGUGAAACCUUUUGAAUGUAACCAGUGUGGAAAAGCUUUCAGUAAGAAUUCUUCCCUUACUCAGCAUCGCAGAAUCCACACUGGUGAGAAACCUUAUCAGUGUAUGGUCUGUGGAAAGCAUUUCACUGGAAGAUCAUCCCUCACUGUACACCAAGUUAUACACACUGGAGAAAAGCCCUAUGAGUGCACUGAAUGUGGAAAGGCCUUUAGUCAAAGCGCCUAUCUUAUUGAACAUCAAAGAAUUCACACUGGUGAAAAACCCUAUGAAUGUGAUCAGUGUGGUAAAGCUUUCAUUAAGAAUUCAUCCCUUAUAGUACACCAGAGGAUACAUACAGGAGAGAAACCUUAUAAGUGUAAUGAAUGUGGAAAAUCCUUCAGCAGGAGCACAAACCUUACAAGACAUCAGAGGACUCAUACAUGAGAAAAGUUUUCACCAACCCCUUCAUUUUGAUUAAUCUUUUGAUACUAAUCAGAUGUCACAUUGAUGUAGAUAUGUAGUAAACAUAACUAUUGUGGUAAACUUUUAGUUGAAGCACAACACAGCAUACCAGAUAAUAAAACCAUAGAGAGGAACCGUAUGAAAGUGGAGAACACGUGAUUCAGAUUUGAGUAGCUAGGACAUGAAUGAUGAAGACUUAGGCUGAAGAUAAGCCCUGAUGUGUCACACUGGGAAAUCUGAUUUGAGCAUUCCAGAGUUCACACUGAAUGGAAAAUGUGAUAGUGAUAAACUGGAUGACUGAAAACUCUGGUUCAACCCAGUUCUAAUCUCCCAUUACCUUGAACAGGUCAUGGUCUCUUUAUCUAGCAAUGAGAGAUUUGGGAUAUAGAAAGCCUAUAGGAUCUAUAUUAGCCAAAAUGCCCAACACGAAGAUGCAGGGAAUUUUUUGGUAAUUGCUGUUGUAUUUGUUAUAGAGAUGCUUCUAUUCCAUAGUAUUGUUUUAUGGGUGUUUUAGGUUAAAGCUCUCUACCUCUGAAUCUUAUUGUCCUUCAUAUCCCCGAAUCACUAUCUCUCUUAAAAUGUAGGCUAGUUGCUACUGAGUAGUGGAUAAAUUGUGCGUAUUUUAAUGCCAUAGCAUGCUGUUUUUGACUUCUCAGCUAACAGUCAUUAAACUGUUGUUAAACAAACUUACUAUAUUUAGAUGACAAUGUGACUUAAAUAGAAUUUUUAAUUACCUAGGAAUCAAAUACAUAUCUUUGUGUCUUACUGGACAGUCAUGGAAAUUUAAAUACUUAUGAAUUGAACACUAAUUGUAGUGAACAGUUUUAUGUCAACGUGACAGAAACUAAAGUCAUCUAAGAGGAAAGAAUCUCAGUUAAGAAAUGGGCUAUAGGUAUGCCUGUAGGGCAUUUUCUUAAUUAGUGAUUGAUUGGGGAAGACCCAGCCAUUGAGGAUGGUGCCAUCCCUGGGCUGAUGGUUCUGAGUUCUAUACAAAAGCAGACUGAACAAGCAGCACUCCUCCAUGGCCUCUGCAUCAGCUCCUUUCUCCAGGUUCCUGCCUUUGUUUACUUCCUGUCCUGACUCUCUGGUGAUGAACAGUGAUAUGGAGAUGUAAGCCAAAUAAACCUUUUCCUCCACGCAUUGCUUGGUCAUGGUGUUUCAUCACAGCAAUAGAAACCCUAAGACACUAAUAGACAUAAUAAUUUACAAAUUAACAAAGCCUAUCAGAACUGCCAGAGGAAUAGUUUAUGCAUCAUGAUAGUAUUAAAUUUAUUGAGCACAUGUUGACUGAGUUAUAAAUAUGAGCUACAUAUUGUGGGAAAAUAACUGAGAACUUCCUGGGUGGCAGGGACUGUCCAAGAAGUGACAAGACAUCAUUCAUAAGGAUGGGUUUUAUGGCCAAGAACAAUGUUCAAGGUUUGCAGAAGUCUAGGAUAAACAGACAAUAUUGAGGGACAUAGGUGGAGCUUGACUCAACAGGUAGCAAAAGAUUGCCAGGUUGUAAACUCCAUUUCUGCAUUUCAGGAGGACAGCCAAAUAUUUUCUCCCUUUGGAGAGAGAAGCUGGUGUCUCCAGGCUCAUCUCAGGACUUCUCUGUGUGCUUACCUUUGCCCUCUACAAGACACAGUCAGGAAACUAAAAUUAAGUUUAUAUAUUUUGAAUUUUUCAACAGCUGUGUGGCAAUGUGAUAAGAGAAGAAAUGAUACCAAAAUGAUGACACAGAACCCAGAAAAAAAUUGUCAGUUGGUUAAAUAUGGCUAUUUGAACAAAAGGAGUCUAGAGUGAUUUGAAUUCCCUAUUUUGUUGAGUUGGAUUUUGUCAUUGUAAACAUAACAUAACGUGUUUUGUGAGACAGUGGUUAUAGCAGAGUUUUGGCAGAACCGUUAUAUCUUGCAUGAAUCUGGAGUGGUGGCACCUAAGCUUUGAAGUAGCCUUUUGUCAGUGACCAUUAUCUGGGAUUUAUUGGGAUUAUUCUUUUGAAGGAUUCUUAGGGCCUCUGUAUAUCUUGGUCUUCAGACAUGCCUGGCAAAUCAGGAAGUCUCGUAUGGCCAAGUAUUACUUGGAUGGUGAGAAUUGCUUGCUUGAUGGGUCUUUCAAGACAACCCGUAGGUCAGAUAAGUUUUGGUAUGUGGAAAUCAAAUUGUGAAGGGUGCCUUUGCUAUAACAACGAGAAGAGCUUCUAGGAAGCUGUCAGUGUUCAGUCAUUGAGAGACUGCUGAGAAGCCUAAAUGAAUCCUGCAGUGUGUCUCUGUAUUUAUCAAUUGUCCUGUAUGAUGCAGUACACCCCCAAGCGAUGUCUCAGUUUAUUAGUGUUCCUGCUCGGAUGGAAGUGUAUCCGAGGACUCAGAAAUCCAGGAACCACGUAGCUAUGAGGGGAGAAGGCAUCCUGAGGAAAGACAUCCUGAGACAUGAGGGCCCAGGAGCCUUAUAGCUCUGAGGUGUCUCAAGGGACAGUGUCUCAGGGGAAGGGCAUGCUGAGACAUGGGAGCCGAGGAACCACACAACUCUAGGAGAAAGCCUCCUCCGCAGAGGCGUUGCAGCUCCCAGGGGAGGGUACCUAUGGCUGAGCUGAGGCGUUCAGGAGCCUCAGCCCCACUCCUCUUCUUCGAUUCUUCCCUUCUCUUCAUUGCUACUUGGCUUCUUUGGAUGAGAGUCACACCAGGCAACACAUCUCAUAAGAGACAUUUAUUGGAGGGUUCAUGAAGAGAUGGGAUGAAUUGAGGACUGGCUACUUCUGCUCCUGAGAGUGGAAAGCAGUGAAUUGAACAAAGAUUUCUUAGGGGACAACUUUUAUUUUAUUUGCAAUUUUUAUUGGUUAUUUUAUUUAUUUACAUUUCAAAUGUUUUCCACAAACCCCUAUCCCAUUCCACCUCCUCCUGAUUCUAUGAGGGUACUCCCCAACCUACCCACCCACUCCCACCUCACCACCCUAGCAUUCCCCUACACUGGGGCAUCAAGUCUUCACAGGACCAAGGGCCUCCCCUCUUGUUGAUGCCAGAUAAGGCCAUCCUCUGCUACAUAGGCAACUAGAGCCAUGGGUCUUUCCUUGUGUACUCUUUGGUUGGUGGUUUAGUCUCUGGGAGCUCUGGGUGGGAGGGGGGUCUGGUUGGUUGAUAUUGUUGUUCUUCCUAUGGGAUUACAAACCCCUUCUGCUCCUUCAGUCCUUCCCCCAACUCCUCCAUUGGUCCCCAUGCUCAGUCCAAUGGUUGGCUGCAAGCACCCACCUCUAUAUUUGUCAGGCCCUGGCAGAGACUUUCAGGAGACAGCUAAAUCAUGCUCCUGUCAGCAAGCACUUCUUGGCAUCAGCAAGUGUCUGGGUUUGGUAUCUGCAUAUGGGAUGGAUCCCCAGGUGGGGCAGUCUCUGAAUAGCCUUUCUUUCAGUCUCUGUUCCACUCUUUGUCCCUGUAUUUUCUUUAGACAGGAGCAACUCUGGGUUAAAGUUUUGGAGAUGGGUGGGUAGCCCCAUCCCUCAAACGGGGGUCUACAAGUUCUCCCUCUCCUUUGUUGGGUAUUUCAGCUAAUGUGAUCCCCGUUGGGUCCUGGGAGCCUCUUGCUUUCCUGGCAUCUGUGACUUUCUGGUAGCUACCCCGAGUUCCCCAAGGGGGUAACUUUUCAGGACAGGGAUUUCCAGCGUGAGAUUUGGUGAGCUCCUGGGAGUGGACAGCAGGAAAUUGAACAAAGGCCAGGGUUUAUAUAGAAUUUCUUAGGGGUGGGGCUUUUAAGGCUAGAGAUUUCCAGAUUAAGGAUUGGUGGGAUUUCAGUUCCUGAGCUUGGGGAGCUCAGGGAUUGGUGGGAUUUUCUGUCCAAGGGAUUAGUGGUUGUUUCUGUUCAGAGUUUGGUGGUUUGCCAAGGUCCCACCUCAGCAUGAGGAAUGUUCUGGGAAAGGGGAGAAUGAGUGCUAAUUCAAUAAUAACUUGGGAGUCAGUAGUGGGCGCAAGCUGUCAGUUCAGGUGCUCUCUCUGUUCUAGAGGGUUCUCAUCAUUCUUCCUCAUUCUCCUUCCUUCUCAAUCCUUUCCCUUCCCUCUCACGCUUUAGCCUUCUCCCAACCAGAGAGCCUGAACCAAGUCUUUUAUUAACUAAAGUUAUAUCAUCAAGGCUUUGAACAUCAUUAACAAUAUUGUUAGAAAUUCUUAAAUUUACAUUAAAUUUAUGAAUCCCAGAUCAUUAGCUGCAACCCCUGCUCCCUUAAAACAGAAAAUAUACACAAUGCAAAAGCACAUUUCCUUAUAUGUUUACACAGCCUGUUCUUCACAGGGAGCUGGGCACACCUUUUGUAGUUUCCUGGUGCAGCAGACCAGAGGCUUUAGUAACUAUUUUCAUGUAAGAGCAGAGAGAUAACAUACUACUAAGGUUAAGAUGAUUUCUUACAGUUUUAAAGAUUAUGCAAGUAAAGAAGUUAGCUCUCUCUCUUAUCUCUCUAGGCAUCCUCAUAUCCAAUUCUUCGAGUAACUAGGAAAAUUAAGCACUAGCUUUUCAUAGGCUUAUACAUCAUCUUUUAAUUCUCUAAUCUGUGUAAUUCCAUGGCCUCAUAUACUCUCCUUCUAAUACUAUCUGUUUCUAGAUCGUAUAUAAGCCCUUUAUCUCAUAUAAAAUAAACCCAUCUAUCGUUUGAUUAUAUUUUAUAUAUUUCCUAUCCAUGCCUUUUGUUUUUUGAGACCACAUUAACUCUCUAACCUUGAUGUCCCCAAGUUCAUCCUGACUAAUUAAUGCAGCAGUUCAUUCAUUCCAAAUUCAGAGCCAAGUCUGGCAAUGAACUCUUCCAACAAAGGACCAUGUAGGCAUUUAUGGCCUCUGUAGUAAGUGUCUAGAUCCUUUCCCAUGGCUCUAAAGGUCAAACAGAAAGCCUGUUCCUCAUCUGUUGUGGUUUACCCUGAAGUUAUCUGUAUUUUGAUGCUAAUUCCACUGCCCCAAGGAUAGCUGCCUAGUCACUACUCAGGAAUCAGGUGACUUCACCAGAACCUUUUCCCCAUUUCAUUUGUAAAGUACAGGUGAGGGGUAGGUACAGGAUAGGAGGCCUGUCAUUGGAGGAGAAAGAAGGAUGGGUGGGAGAGAAGUUUGAAGGAAGAGGAGGAGACUAGGACAGAGAAAAGGAGAAAGGAAGUCAGAGAGAGGGGAGAAGCCAUGGCAGGUGAUGUUAAGAUUCUGCUCUGUGUAUUUACAGGUUGUUAUCAAUGUUCCUAAGGGAUGGAUGCUACCGGGCUUUGUAUGUUUAAGUGGGCAAUUAUAUCUUAUCAAUUGGAUCUAAGAUUAUUGUGUUGUGUGUUCUUUUAUGUGGGGGUUUGAGUGUAGGAAAGUGCGCGGCUGGGAUGUGUUUCCGCCAAGAUAUCUAGCAGAUGUCAUGGGCACCGCGGUGCGGACCUAGUGGGGUAAAAGACAACUCUAUUUUUAUUUUUAUAUUUUUACAAUAACACUCAUCCUCCACAGCCUGAUGACCACCUCCGUUCCUUGUUCCCAAGAACCACAUCUGUUUCAUUUGUUAUGGCAUGAUUAGCUCUGAGUAAUGGGAGAAGCAUAUUCCCCAGAAAGAAAGACUGAAAGUGAGAUUGUGGAGUAGAUCAUGUUCAGACCAACAGUAGUCAUCAGCACACCUGGGGAUUGUGGGAGUCCAAGGCCUGGCCAUGGUCCAGGGGCAAGAACUGUGUCACAUCUCUCCUGAUUUAGUCAUGCCAAACCCGGCAAUGUUUUUUGGUUUUGGUUUUGGUUUUGUGAAAAGCUCAGAGAUUGGUGUUUUCCUGCUCAGGGAUUAGUGGCUUAUUUUCACCACUCCCCCUUUCCCUGCAUCAGGACCAUGUAUUAGGAUAGGAAGUCCUUUCUGGUCACAGGUGACUUUGACUGAGGCGGCAUCUCUGUGGAGCUGCUCAGGGGGCCUGGAGAGGAGGUGCUGCCAGGGUGGAUGGCUCCUGUGAGACCAGCUACUGCUGUAGUAUCUCAUGAAGGUCUUAGGCUGAUGAAGGAAAGAAGGUACCGCCAUACUGGACAGCUCCUGUACAUGUAGAAGGCAGCAGGCUGAGUGGGGUUGAAGAUGUAUCAGCACCAGUGACAGCAGAAGGCUGAGGCAUCACUGUUUUGACAAAUGCUGCUAUUUUGACAACUCCUGUGGCAGCAGCAUCUUGAGGUGGCCAUAAGGUGGGGCAGGAAGGAGGGUCCUGCCUGUGCUUUUAUGGCUUUUGUGACACAGCCUCUAACAUUCGACUGUUAAAAGGGCCUGCAUCUGGUUCUUGAACUUGUUGCAGAAUAUUUGAUCACACUGUGAAUGCCAACAUUGUGAUGUUUACUGAAAAUAUCUGUUUCUGGUUGUGGUGUGACUCAGCCCUUAGCACACACCGUUAAUCCCAAACAAUGAACGUAAAGUUAGUUUGUAGAAGAGAGCAGCCAUGUUUGAACGUGAUAUCUAAUUCAGAGGCAAAGAGACUGAUCAGAGAAAGAUUUGACAGAAUAAGAUAUGCCCAACUCUCAUGACAAAAGAAGGGAAAGGAGAGGGACUUAAGGGGCAAUGAAGGGGGGGGGGGAAUUUACUGGAAGAGAUAUACAGAGAAGGCUGCAGAAAAGAACAAGCUAGACACCAGUGAAGACAGAAUGAGCCAGAGAAUGAGAAGGAUCCAAUAGAUUAGAAGCGAUUGCCAGUGUCAUUACGAGGCCAAGUAGAGCAAUUCAGGAGAGGCUGAGAGAGAAACCAGAUUGUAUCAGUCAGCUCAGAGAGUAGUUUGAUCCAGAACAGCUGUGUAGAAUCAGUCAGCCAGAGAUCAGAAAGAGCAAGAAAGGGUGUGCGUAUUCAGAAGUAAGUCUCAAAGGCCAAAAACACUCUAGGCCUAGGUAAGAUUGUACAGAGGCUCGAAGCCUCAGGGGCUCCACCUAGAUCAGCAGACAGGAGAGAUAAGCCUCUGAGGCAACAAUUACUCAGGCAAAUAAAAAAUACUUCUAACUGAAGAAAGGAAGAAAGGAAGAAAGGAAGGCAGCCUGUAUAGCAGAAUUUUAGCACAUUCAUGUAUCUGGCAUGAAUUCUGGAGUGGUAAGACCAUGUAGGCUUUGUAGACUUUGAAAGAACCUUUGUAAAUAGUGACUGUUACCUGAAAUUUAUGGAGUUGCUCUUCCUGAAGGAAUCACUAAAGCCUGGCAUAACUUAGUCCCAAGACAUGCCUGGCAGGUAGGUCUGGGAAUUGCUUGGGUAAUGGCUCCCUCAGAAAGCUCCUAGAUGAGAUAAGAUGUGUGGUAUGCAGAACCUGGCCUACUAAAGGCGCCCUCUGUGUAACUAUGAAGAGGCUCUGCAGAGUGUGGAGUUCAGUCCUUCAGAGUCUGAUCAACCUGAAAGGUCCAGAAACUUGGGAAUACAAUUUUUCAAUUCCUUAAGAAGCAUAGUGGGCUCCUCAGAAGGAGCCACUGACAAUAGGGCUUUACUCAGUUAUGGCCCUGAAUUAGGGAGGGGUAAUCUGGAGCUGAGUGAGGUCUAGGACUGAGCUGGUUUCCAAAAUUCUUCAAGAUAUCACCAAAUAUAGAGAAACUACCAUAGCAUCCAUCAAGAUUGUAUUAAUGUCACUGCUGUGCUGCUUACCAAUCAUAUUAGAGGUUACCUAAUCCUUCUGAAAAAUAACCCUAACCCUGCAUAAAAGGGGCCUGCGAGCUUCUCACAUCAUCACCAUUUUGAUUAAUGGUUGACCCCUUAAUGCUGGUUGUUUCUCUUUGUUUGCCCUUGUAUAUUAUUUGAGUCUGGGGUCUUCCUUCAGUGAUUCUUGAACCCUAAUACAUGCCUGUUGUUGUAAAAAUAUAAAAAUAAAAAUGGUAUUGUUGUCUUUUACCUCGCUGUGUCCGCACUGCAGUGUCCCAAGAUGUCUGCCAGAUAUCUUGGCAGAAACACAUCCCAACUCCUCAGCAGCCCAGUAUCUCCUGCCGCCGUGCACUUUCCUACACUCAAACCAUCACAUAAAAGAACACACAACACAAUAAUCUUAGAUCCAAUUGAUAAGAUAUAAUUGCCCACUUAAACAUACAAA